CGUGGGAGCUGGCGCCUGCCUACUUCUCUGAGCCCCUUGCCUCUUGCUCCUCCCUCCUGGGCUUUCCUUACUCAGGCUCCUGGCAAGAGCAAGAUCCCGCCGUCUGUUCUUCUCAGGCAUGCUGCUCCUUUUCUGGUUGCUGCUGGUAUCUCUGGGCAGUGUUGGGCGCUCAGGGGCAGGUGAAAAUGAGUGCAACAGGACACGGCAAGCAGCUUGUGGUGACAAGUGCAUUCCUGUGGCCUGGCUCUGCAAUGGGGAACAAGAAUGCCCAGAUGGGACCGAUGAGCAGUGUGAGGAGACGUGUCUUGGACACCUACAAGCCUGGCAGUGUGAUGACGGGAAGUGUAUUCCUGCUAGCUGGCUUUGUGAUGGUUCCAGUGACUGCUUAGAUGGCUCUGAUGAGGUUAACUGUGAGAGCUUGACAGCAUGUCUGGACUACAAAAUCCAGUGCCCAGGAAAAGCUCGGUGUCUGGAUGCUUCAGAACACUGUGAUGUCCAACAGGACUGUGAGGAAGGGUCCAUGAAAACACACUGUCCCCACAGCCAUUGCUUGGCUGGGCAGUGGCAGUGCCAGAACGGGGCAUGUAUCAUGGACAGCUGGCGGUGUGAUGGCAUUGAUCACUGUGGUGACGCCUCAGAUGAGGAGGACUGUGCAUACUGCCCAGAAGGCACUGUGAGCUGUGAUGGAGGGAAAUGCAUCCCAGAGUCUCUGAUGUGUGACGGGGAAGCUGACUGUACAGAUGGCACUGAUGAGCCCAGUACGUGUGGUAAAAACUGCUCCUGGCUGAAUGGCGGCUGUGAGGGGUCAUGCAGUGACACUCACUGGGGUGUCCGGUGUUCCUGCACAUCAGGGUGGCAGUUACAGCCUGACGGGUAUAGCUGUGGAGAUGAGGAUGAGUGCUCUCGAGCAUAUGGUCCUUGUGGCCAACUCUGUCAUAACACUCCAGGCUCUUAUUCCUGUGGCUGUAUUCAAGGUCACCAACUCUACAAUGGCACAGACUGUCAAGUUACAGAUGAUGAUGUUAAAAUUCUUAUAGCAGCAGAUAAAGAGCUUGGUACCGUGGACCGAAGAACAGGCAUCUAUGAGACGCUGAUUCCUGUAAAGUCAAGGCCCAGAGCUGUUGCUUAUGAUCUGAACAGAAAUAUGUUGUUCUGGGUGGAUAAAGUCUUGAAUGUGUUUAUCCUUGGAAAGCCAAACUCUGUUCCUCUCUACCCAGAACUCCCACCCGUGAGCAGUAUUUCUCUGGACUGGUUCACGGGACAGUUGUACUGGGCAAGCAUCUCUGCAAGGGCCAUCUUCGCUGGCUUAAGUGAUGGCAGAGGCUAUGUCAAAAUCUUGGAAAAAGACCUUGUGCCUGAGGAGCUAGUGGUAUUUCCUGAAAAGAGAUACUUGUAUUGGGUAAAUCGAGGGGAGAACGGGGUGAAGACUAUUGAGACUGCAGGAAUGGAUGGCUCUGACAGGAAGAUGCUAGCAGCUGUGACCAUGGAGGAGCCUUUGGCACUGACACUUGAUCACGUGACUGGCAGACUCUACUGGACCAGUGGUUAUAAAAAGGCCAUAGAGACGGUGAAAGUGGAUGGCAGUGGGCGGUAUACCUUUCCUGGGAUAUUUCUCAAAGAGGAAGACCUCGUUGGCCUGGCUGUAUUUGAGAAUGCUUUCUUCUGGGCAAACCAAACUCAGUUGAUUCGCACCUCACCCAGCAACCCGAAAGAGAGAGAGGUGUUGCUCCAUGCCUCUGUUUCUGCUUUCCUAGUCCUCCACAGGUCCCAGCAGCCCAAGGGCAGACACUCAGCAUGUGUCCCAGGAUCUUGCAGCCACCUGUGCCUCCUGUCCCCCAUCCAUCUCAAGGGCUACAAGUGUGUCUGUCCGGAGGGACUGUUUCUUUUACCUUCUGGCACAUGCAGCGGGUUAAAAGUUGUGUUUUCUUCUGGCAAACGCCUUUACUUGUUGAAAGUCAGUUCUAUGGGGACCGCUAUAGAGAGAACUCUGGUUGAAGAGCAUGCCGGGAACCUCUAUUUAUUGGAUAUUGAUUGGAAAAGGAACUUCAUCUAUUGGUCAAAUGCCCAGGGACAUCUUGUUUAUUCAGCUGGAUAUUCAGGACAAAAACAAGAGCUCUGGACCCAGCAUACAGUCUGCUCAGCAAGUGUGGACAUAUCCACCGGGAACCUGUUCUGGCUACCCUGUGACCGAGGUACUAUCCAGAAGACCAGAAUGCCUGCUGCUGAGUCCUACACUCUCCACAGCACUCGAAACAUUAUACUGCAGCUGCUUCUUGAUUGGCCCAGGAGGAUGCUGUACUGGGUGGAGAAUGGGAAGCCUCUGCAGAGCAUGAGCCUUGAUGGCAAAAACAGACAGGAAGUCUGGAGAGGCAGCUGGGCAGCAGACACACGGAUGGCCUUAGACCUCGGGUCUGCUAGCAUCCUCUGGACCACCAAAGGGUUGGGGUUGCACAGUUUUAGCCUAUUAAAAAACCGAACAUGCUCGUUGAACGCAUCCUGGAGCGAUGUGGUUAUGGUGGCCCAUGAGCCCUACUUGGUGACUGCCGACAAGGCAGCGCUUGUACUGUGGAACAGGAAGACACUGGAGCCCUUCUCCGCGCUGAAGGAGCCACACAUAAAGAAAAUGAUCAUCUUGGCAGAGAACCAGGAAGUGCCAGAUCCUGGGCUUAAGGAGGCAGUGCCCACUGCCCCUCUCCCUCCUCCUGUUCUCUGUGCCCGGUCCUCAGUUGCCUGCCAGGAUGGGAAGGGAUGCAUCCCCAGGGAGUCUCUCUGUGAUGGUGAGCAUGACUGUCAGGAUGGCUCAGACGAAGAGAACUGCUCCCGGGUCUGCCAUCAACCAGGAGUUUUCCAGUGUCUGGAUGGAAGCAGGUGCCUCGAGGAGAAAUAUCACUGUGAUGGGGCUCAGCAGUGCUCUGAUGGAUCCGAUGAGUUGGGCUGCUGGAGGCCUGCUGAAGACUGUUCACUGAACUGUGACAACGAGACCCGCUGUAUCCCCAAGAGCUGGCAAUGUGAUGGGAAGCCAGACUGUCUGGACAGAAGAGAUGAACAAGGGUGCAUUCGUGAAAAAUGCACCUCCUCUGAAUUUCAAUGUGAGAAUGGCCAAUGCAUAUCUUCUUCUCUGCAUUGUGAUGGCAACCGAGACUGCCUGGAUCACUCAGAUGAGGAAGGCUGCCCUGUUGGUUGGUCCCUACAGUGCCCAGAAGGGGAGAUGAAGUGCCCAAAGAGCGGAGAAUGUGUGUUGGCAGAGUGGAUAUGUGACCACGAUGUAGACUGCCAAGACGGAACUGAUGAGAAGGACUGUGACUCCAAGGUGCUCCCAUGUGGCUCAUGGCAGUGGGCUUGUAGAAGUGGAGACCAGUGUGUGCCUGAUUUCUGGCACUGUGAUGGACAGAGCGACUGCAGAGACGGCAGUGAUGAGGCUGGGUGUGCUCCACAGAAGUGCCUGGAUUCUGAGUUCCAGUGUGCUACUGGUACCUGCCUCAGCUUCAACAUGGUGUGUGAUGGGCAAGAGGACUGUGCAGAUGGUUCGGAUGAGGGUGGAGAGUGUUCCUUAUCAGCAUGUAGCCCAGGGCAGUGUUACCAUUCCUGCUACCAGUCCCCAUCUGGGCCGAUGUGUGCUUGUGCCCCAGGCUUUGAGCUGGAGAGCAGCAGUCAAAUCUGUCAGGAUGUAAAUGAGUGCCAACAGCCACCUGGUCAACCUUGCAGUCAGACCUGCAUCAAUACCGAAGGCUCAUAUACCUGUGCCUGUCACCCUGGCUACUUGCUGGGUCCUGAUGGCCACACUUGUAAGGCAAUAGGUGCUGAGCCAAUCCUGCUUAUUUCAAUCGAGUUUAACCUAUUCCUUUCUGGACUGAGAAGCUUAAAAGAAGAUAUCUUGGCAACUACAGACAAGAACCUGGCUAUUUACUCUGUGGACUAUGACUUGGUGGAUCAGAAAAUCUUCUGGGCAGAUCCCAAUGCACAAAGUAUAAGGUGGAUAAGUAUGUCCACAAAGAAGGAUGGGAUGGUGGUGAGAGGGAUACAGCCAGACUGUAUAGGAGUUGACUGGAUUGGAAGAAAUCUCUACUGGACUGAUGGGAAAGCUGGACAGAUUUUAGCAAUUCAGUUAACUGCUCUUGGUAGAGGAAAAUCUGAGUACACCAUUGUCAUGGAUGAUGACAUGGUUCAGCCCCAGGCUUUGGCUUUGGAUCCCCUAAAUGGAUUAAUGUACUGGUCCGAAAUUGGAGAAGAACCUCAAAUAGAACAAGCUGGAAUGGAUGGCAGCAACAGAAAGAUCCUUGUCAAUCAAGGUCUUGGUCGGCCAACUAGCAUAGCUCUUGACCGGUUAAGUUGGAAGAUAUUCUGGUCUGAUGAGAAAUUUCACUGCAUUGGGUCUGUCAACCUAGAUGGUAGUGGUGUUAGCGUGAUGCAGCUAACACAAACCAAGAGCCCCUUUUCAGUCGCUGUGUUUGAAGAUGAAGUCUUCUGGUCCGACCUGAAGACAAGAACAAUACAGCGUGUGGAGAAGGUGACAGGCAAGGACAGGGCUGUCCUCGUCAAGCGCUCUGGACAGCCCUUUGGACUCAAGAUAAUGCAUGAAGUCCUUCAGCCCAGGUCUUCUAGCCCUUGCCUGGACAUAGGAUGCUCUCACCUGUGCCUUCUGAGCCCACGAGCCAAGGGAAGUUGUCACUGCCCAGUUGGCCUCCUGCUGGCAGAUGACGGGAUCACCUGUGUCUCUCCCCAAGAGUCUGAGUUCCUGUUCCUGGUACAGCCUACGGUUCUCACCCAGAUCUAUCUGAAAAAUCUUAAGACUGGGCCACAACAAACAACUGUACCACAACACAGAACACUUCCCUUUACCAGUGUCAAUCAGCUCGCAUCAGUGGAUUAUCUUGUCCAGGAAAAGGCCCUCUACCUGUCAGAGCUCAAUGCCAGUGACAUCAGGCUCCUGAGGCUGAAAGAGCCAGGUAUACUGUCAUGGCGGAGAGUCAUAUCUGUGAAGGGGACAGUGAUGGACUUUGCUCUGGACUGGUUGAGUGGAAACAUAUAUUGGAUUGACAGUGAGAACCCCUGCAUCAAUGUUGCUUCCUCAAAUGGCCAGUAUCCCAUUGUCUUACUGGACGAAAACCUUUACCACCCAACCUCUAUUGUCCUCCACCCACCUACUGCAGUCAUGUGCUUGGCAGACCUGGGUUCACAGGAUGCUGGGAGACACGGCUCCAGCAUCGAAUGUGCCUCUAUGGAUGGCAGCCGGAGAAAGGUGCUAUGGCUGAAAUCCCAAGUGCCUGUGGGCCUGGCCUUUUCAGAUUCGGGGACCCGAGUGUACUGGGCUGAUACUGGGCAGGGACUUAUACAAAGCAUUCAACUAGACGGCUCAAGAUACAGAGUGGACCGGCGGGGGCUUAAGGGUCUUCACCUCUUUGCAUGUGGCCAAGACAUGAUGUUAUGGACAACAGUUGAUGAUGACCAGAUCACCAAAGUUUGGUACAACAAAGCACAAAUCUCAGAAAACCAGUGGUUCCAAGUGGACCAGAAAAUCGUAGACUUAAAAGUGUAUAGCACACUUACUCAACAGGGUAACAACAGCUGCUCAAAAGACAAUGGAGGAUGCAGUCAUAUCUGCUUGCCAAAUCCUGAGGGCAGGACUUGCAGGUGUCCCGGUGGGCACUGCUUGGUUGAUGGCCACACCUGUGUGGAAGCUGUCCAGUGCUCUUCUCUGUCACAAUGCUGUAAGGAUGGUCAGAGGUGCAUUUCCCAGGAGCAAGUUUGCAAUGGUCAUGUUGACUGUCUGGAUGGAUCUGAUGAAGUGGAUUGUCUGAAUCCAGGUAAAAUCCAUUCAACUUCAAUACUUAAGAAGCCAGAAGGGUGGAAAAGGUUGACACCAGUAGCUUUCAAACUCUUCCAGGCUACCGAGUCUACCACAGAUGUCCAUCUAGAACAAGAGAAAAUGAGACAUCCUGGCAGAAAAACACUAACCACGCAAAUGCCUGCACCAGAGCGCAGGGUCCCGGGAACCAACGGAAGAGUGGAAACUGUUCAGUCUAAGGAUUUACAGAGGGCGACAUGGAUGCCCUGUAGCCAAGACUUUUGCAGUGGGCGAGGGACCUGCACGAUGGAAGGAAAGCUGAGAAAGUGCCACUGCCUGGCAGAAUAUGAUGGAGAGUUCUGCCAAGAACCAGCCCAUGGCCCUGCCAGAGGCUAUGUAGCCCUGGGUAUAGUCAUUGCUUUAUCAGCUAUUCUGGCAGUCCUGGGGCUGUCUCUACAUUCCAGAAGAGAACAUAAAUUCAAGAGGACAUCAUCAAGAAAUUUGGACUAUGAUAAAGAAAAUAACCAAGAACAGGAAAAUUUAAUGAAUAGCGAGACUUUUGUCAAUGAAGUCUACGAUGAACAGGAAUCCUUAACCUCUUUACAAACUGAAUGACCUCAUUUAAAAAAAAAAAAAGAACAGA